UUUGAUUCCUCCCAAUAUACAAAAUUAGGAAAUUAAUUAAACAAAGGUUUUUGCAUGUGUGAUCAAUAUCAUUCCCUCACAAAAAAAGUUUCAUUUCAUAUAUUGAUGAUAACAAAUGGUUCCAAAAACAAUGGCUUCUAGAUUUGAAGGAAAAACCAUCUUCCUCAUUUCUAUGUCCUUAUAGCUUCUUCAACAUCUUAAUCCUCUUCAAGGCAACAAAAGCAUUAAAUUCUACCUCAAAAUCCAGUAUUUGCUUCCACAUUUUUUUCAUCCUUUGAAUUUAGAAGCCAUUUUGAGGUUGUGUUUUUGUUUCCAUCAUGACAAUUAAAGGGAUCUACAACAAAGGUUGCAAGUACAUUAACCAUAUUUUUGUUGUGAAGGAGAGGGAGAUUGAAAUUGGAUGUCCAACAGAUGUUAAGCAUGUGGCACACAUUGGAUGGGAUGGUCCCAAUGGAAGUGGACCCAGUUGGAUGAAUGAAUUUAAAUCAGCACCUGAUUUUUCAACAUCAAUUGGUAGCUUGAAUGAAAGAAAAGAUCCUAAUCUAAAGGCUGUCUCCACAUCAAAUUCCAAUCAAGAUGUUGAAGAUCCAAAAAGAAACCAACCAACACCAAUCAUGUACCAAGGCAACAUUCCAUCUGAUGAUAGUGUUACUCAUCAUGUUCCUAAGAGACCAAAAAGAAAAAAGACAAGACCAACUUCUUCUCCUAAAUCAAGACAAACAAGAGCAUCAAGGCCAAAGGGUGUGUAUAGUGAAAGAGAUUGUGAGAGAGAAGAAACACCAAUUGCUCAAACAUUAGAAGACUCAAAUUGGCAAUGUUAAUAGCAAGAACCAUAUGCAUGCCCUUAAUAUAGGGUUUCAAAGAAGUUUAAUGGACCAAGCUAUUAAGAUUCCAUAGUUGAGUUGGAGAAUGUCAAAUUAGUUGGUGACAAAAGUGGGAGGAAAGUGUGGUUACUUUAGGGUGUUUGGUUUUAUGUGAAAUAUAUUUUGACCUUAAAUAUAUAAGUUGUAUUGUAAAUUUUUUAGAUUAAAUGAAGAUAUGGAGGGAAAAAUAUAGUAAAAGUUCCUCAUUUGUACAAGAUCAA